UAGAUUUUUCCUUUCAGAUUUGACUUUUCAAAUUGACCGUAUGAGGUCAGCGCACUUGCCGAAAGCUAGAAAACGUAAAUGUUUUUCUUCGAUAUGUCUCAGAAUAACCAAUAAAUUAUCCCAAACUGAAGCAGUUAGAAUGCCGAACAAGAAAUUGAAUAAAAUCUACCUAUACAAUUAUCGGCAUUUCUAACUCCGAGCUUGAAAGUUUCCUUUCUCCGGCGAUCCAUCAAAUUCAAUUUCUUUGGAGACGGAUCAGAAGCUGUAACGUCUUUAUCUGGGAUCUGGAGUGAAGGAGAUAUGGAUGAAUCUACUGCGAAAGAGACUCCUGUGUCCAAGGCUGAUCUUCUGAAGAGUCAACGCCACCAACGCCGAGGUGCGAAGGGCAAGCUUACAAGAAUAGGACACGCCUUGAAGAGCUUGAUAGAAGAAAGACGGCCUAUUUCAGAGGUGCAGGAGAUCUAUGAGAGGUAUCUUCUUGCUUAUGAAGAAUUGCAGAAUAGGCAUGAAUCAUUUUCAGAGCUUAUUGAAGAUGACGAUGAAUACAACAUGGAAGAAAGAUGGAUGGAUGAAUGUCAGCAGUCUUUCCUAAGCCAUCAGAUUUCUUUCAGAGAUUACUGUAAGGGAGAGACAGAGAAAAACGUUUCAACGCAGAAACUACGAAGACAGAUGACGAAUGAACAGCCAAGUGAUGAUAAUUCAGAAGCUAGUUCUGAUGAAACAGCAUCAAACGUACAGCAAGAUGAAAGCCAUACCCAGAGUCUGCAGAUAAGAAAUGUUCAGAAGAGAGUGGGAUCCAUGUUCAAAAUGGAAAAGCCAAAGAUGCCCACAUUUAACGGAAAUGUGCGAGAUUAUUGCAUAUUCAAAGCUGACUUUCAACAUGCUCUGGGAGAGGUUUUUGAUGAAAGAGAUGCUCUGAUGAUCUUGCGAUCAUGUCUACAAGGUAAACCCCUACAGAUGAUUCAAGGAAUCGGACGAGACUUCAAAGCAGCUUGGGAGCAGUUAGAUAUGGUGUAUGGAGACCCAAGGUUAGUUGCAGACGCAAUUAUUCAUGACAUCACCAAAUUUCGCUCCUUGAAACCAGGUGAAGAUGAUCGCUUCUGUGAAUUUGUGAACAAGAACAUAGUACGCAGAAGUUACAAUGUGCUCAAAGAAAUUGGGAAGGAGAACGACAUGAAUAAUAGUCACAUGCUGGCUAUCAUGGAGAAGAAACUCACCCCUGAAGAUAGAAAGAUCUGGUUUAGAAAUCAAGAGUUGGGUGAAGCUUCUGCAACAUUUGAGAAAUUUCUUCAAUUCCUCACCCUAGAGUUGAAAGCAAGGAUGAGAUCAGCAGCUCCGGUAAGAGGUGAAGUAAAAACAAGCAUCAACUUUGUGACCAAGAAGUCCAGCCCAAGUACCAAUAACCAGGAAAGGAAGUUCGACAGAUGCUGGCUCUGUAAAGAUGAUUCCCACUGGACUGACCAAUGCAAGUCAUUUCUGUCCAAGUCGUUCAAGGAGAGAAUGGAGCUUGUCAAGGAAAAUAAGGCAUGCUUUGCUUGCGGUGCACAAGUGUCAAUCAUCAAGCAGUCACUUGCAGACGAGUUAAAGCUAGAAGGUACAGAAGUCACUGUUGUGAUAUCAAAGUUGGGAGGAGUUGAAGAGGAGGUAAUUACCAAUGAAUACAAGGUCAACGUAAAAGAGCUAGGAGGACGAAAUUCCUUACCAGUUACGGUGAUUAGCCUGCCUCAUAUCAGUGCCACAGACAAUGUACCAGAAGAAUAUCUACAGUCAGCAGCCAAACAACUUAAGAUUGAUAGAAAGAUGAUAAACAGGCAUGGCGGAGAGAUUGACUUACUAGUUGGCAGUGAUCAUCCAAAGUUCCAUGGAGGUGAGUCAAAGGAGACCCACAACUUUACUGCUCGUCAUUCACCUGUUGGAUGGGUGAUCCUAGGAACGUUACCGCAUAAGAGGAUGGAACCAAGUAAAGUCUUGCACGUGCAGUUAGCCAAGCCAGUGGAUCUGACUGAGUUCUGGACGACGGAGUCGAUGGGAGUCAAGGACAUCGACUGUCAAUGUCAACCUACAGGGAUGACCAAGGCAGACAAAGAAGAGUAUGAUAUAAUUGAACGGUCUUGUGUCAAAGAAGGUAAUCAGUGGCAAGUUUCGUAUCCAUGGAAACGAGACCCAAACAAACUUCCUGAUAACCGAUGGUUAGCUGAGAAGAUGUUGGAAGCUACAGAAAGGAGGCUUCUAAAGAAUCCUGAUCAUGCAAAAGCUUACCAAGAACAGAUGACCCAGCUGGUAGAGAUGGGAUUCGCACGGAAGUUGUCUGAUAAUGAAGUCAGUGGAUAUUCAGGACCGGUUCACUAUAUUAGUCACCAUGCAGUAGUUAGACCUGAAAAGAAAAGUACCCCAGUGCGUAUUGUAUUCAACUCGUCAGCAAGCUAUCAAGGACAUUCUCUCAAUGAAUACUGGCACAAGGGUCCUGACAUGUUGAAUUCACUUUUUGGAGUUCUGAUGAAGUUCCGCGAUCACUCUGUUGCAAUCAGUGGUGACAUAUCCAAGAUGUAUCACCGUGUCAAGGUACCUGUAAUUGACCAACAUGUACACAGGUAUCUCUGGCGUGAUCUUGAAGUUGAGAGGAAGCCUGAUGUCUACAUCAAGUUGGUUGUCACCUUUGGCGACAAGCCCUCCCCGGCAAUGGCCCAAAUUGCCUUGAGAAAAACAGCUGAAGUAGCAGAGAAGGAAAGUCCUAAAGCAGCACAGAUCCUGAAGAAAAGUUCAUACAUGGAUGACAUUUGUUUCUCGAUACCAACUGAGGAAGAAGCCAACCAGCUUACUGAUGAAAUCGACAAAGCUUUGGCUGAUGGUGGAUUUCACGUCAAGGGUUGGGCGUCUAAUAAGAAUAUAAGACCCAGUAACCAGAAAGAGAUGGACUUGCUGAAGAAAUUGUCCAAUGAGAAAGUCUUAGGAGUUGUUUGGGACCAACAUAACGAUUCAUUCUCGUACAAGUCAACCUCGGACGGGUCCAGUUGA